AUGGAGGCCGACUGGGAUGAAAUCACUCGCAUCGCAGUGCCCUCUUCUGGCCUGCAUGCAAUUCCCACACCGGCCAGCGCUGUGGCCUUUGAUGAUCAACAAGAACUCUUGUGGGUUGGCAACGAUCAGGGACGAGUGACGGCUUUCUAUGGGCCGGAGUUGCAGCGAUAUGUUUCUAUCAAGGCUCAUCUCGGCGAAGGGCCCGUCAAGCAGUUCUUAGUCCACGAAAAAGGGAUUGUGUCCAUCUCGGCCUCAAGUGUCCAUCUCGUCACUCGCAGAGGUCUGACUCAAUGGCACAUCUCCCACCCACUGAUGGUUGAUCUGCGAUGUAUGACCUUUGCGUCGUCCGCCAACCUCAUCAUAGUGGCAGGAUGUCAGAGUACCUUCUUCACCAUUGACAUAGACAAGGGUCAAGUGGUGUCCGAACAUGCCGCUCAGGCCAAAUACACGAUUCUGAAGAAGAGUCGACAUAUAUGUGCAGCUACUGACGAUGGCAAUGUGCAUGUCCUCAGCCUGAACGACUAUUCGCUACUCAAAACAUGGAAAGCACACUCUACCGCCGUCAACGACAUGGAUGCACGCAACGAUUUCCUGGUCACAUGUGGCUUCUCCAUCCGACAACUGGGUGUCCCUAUUGUUGAUCCGUUGGCAAACGUCUACGAUCUGAAAACCCUCACGUCUCUACCCCCAAUUCCCUUCCACGCAGGGGCUGCAUAUGUCCGCAUGCACCCGAAACUGCAAACAACGAGCUUUGUCGCAUCGCAAACGGGCCAAAUGCAGGUGGUGGACUUGAUGAAUCCAGUCAACGUCAUGCUCAAGCAAGCAAACGUCCAGUUCAUGCUGGGCAUGGAAAUAGCUCCCUCCGGCGACGCUUUAGUCAUUACAGAUACGAACGGCCUAAUAUACCUCUGGGGCUCUCCUUCCAAGGUCCGUUUCAACAACAUCAGCAAAGAAACCGACUUCGCAGAGCCAACUCCGCCUCCGACUGCCCACAUUGACUGGAAUGAGACGCCACUCAACGCAAUUGGAAUCCCAUACUAUUCUGAGCCAUUACUGUCGGCAUGGCCUAGUCACAUGGUCUUUGAGGUUGGUGCACCACCUGUGCCGGUGGACCCUUCUCUCUAUCCUCACAUGCAGCCAGCCGAGAUGGGUCAUUACGCCCCCAAUCUCAAUCCAAGAAAGCUUCGGCGGUAUCAAGUCGAAGAUAAGAGGGCAGGCCAAGCAACUACUUCAAUUGCUGCACCCAAGUUUCUCAGUGAAAGGGCGAAAGAAGCGACCGGGAACGGAAAUGGCAGGAAGCUCUCCGAUGCAGCCGAAUCUUUAGCAGGGAUUUCUCUCAAUGGACGAGCCCAAACCGAUGAGGAACGGAUGCUCAAGUACAGCAAUGUCGAGAUCAAGUACAGCAGGUUCGGAGUUGACGACUUCGACUUUCGAUAUUACAACAAAACGCCUUAUUCCGGGUUGGAAACCCACAUUGCGAACUCUUUCGUCAACUCCCUCUUGCAGCUCUAUCGGUUCAUCCCUCUGGUUCGCAAUGUCGCCCUACAGCACGCGGCUACCUCGUGUGUUUCAGGAAACUGCCUUCUUUGCGAGUUCGGAUUUCUAUUUGACAUGCUGGAAAAGGCAAAAGGACAGAACUGCCAGGCAACAAAUCUCCUCCGAGCAUUCGGCGCCUCUAGAGAAGCUGCGAAUCUCGGUCUCUUCGAGCAACUAUCCCUGGCUAAUGGGACCCCACUGUCUACCACGAUUCAAGCCGUAAAUCGAUUCUUCUUGAAACAGAUGGCGCACGAUUAUGCGACAAUGGCCACCAACAGCGACGGCAUCGACGAAAUAAUGGCCACCAAUGCCUUUGAAGCAAUUCGUUGCAUCUACUGCAACAACGAAACAACGAAAACGGCCAGCACGUAUGUGCAUGACAUGAUCUAUCCUCAACUCGACCCCAAACAUUCGGCCAAAUACCUCAAGUUCUCCUCGAUUCUCAAAACGACCAUUGAACGAGAAGCAAAGAACAGAGGGUGGUGCAGCCGAUGUCGAAGAUAUCAACAACUCGCCAUCCGAAAAACGAUUCGGCAUUUACCGUCUGUGCUGAUGAUCAAUUCGGCCUUGGCCAGUAGCCCGGCGAUGCGUGUAUUAUGGGAAACUCCAGGCUGGCUUCCGUCCGAGAUAGGCAUCAUCAUCCAAGACAGGAACGUAUACUGUUUCGAGGGACCGGAUCUUGCACUGCAUUUGCGAAACAGGUCGCCGAACCUGGUCGUCUACGAGCUUGUCGGCUUCGUGGCUGAAAUCGAUACCAGUGAAAGACAUCAGCCUCAUCUCAUCAGCAUGGUGAACGUCGAGGUUUCUAGCACCGGACCCGAAAUCGCCCAAACCCAUAAGGUGUUUCCCAACUGGCAUCUGUUCAAUGACUUCUUGGUGACACCUGUGGAUCCCCGAGAAGCGUUGCAUUUCAACCAGAACUGGAAGAUGGCCAGUGUGGUAGCUUACCAAGUCAAGAGUGCCCAUGGCAAGCUUGACCACUCCUGGAAAGAGAACAUGGACACCACUUUACUUUACCAACAUUAUAGUAUCAACGGGCUCUACCCCAUUGACGAAUGCAAGAUCCUGACGCCAGAUGAACACCCACAACAUGGAACGCCGAUUGCUCUAGACACGGAAUUCGUCGAACUGGAGAAGGCCGAAAUCAAUGUCAAGGCCGAUGGGACUCAAGAGACCAUUCGGCCGGCCAAAUCCGGCCUUGCUCGAGUUAGCGUCCUGCGUGGACAAGGAGAAAUGGAGGGAGAGCCCUUUAUCGACGAUUAUAUCACCAUCUACGAACCGAUUGUCGAUUACAAGACACAAUACUCUGGAAUCCGGCCGGGCGACCUCGACCCCCAGGUUUCGCCUCACAAUCUUGUUCCUCUCAAGGUGGCGUACAAAAAGUUGUGGAUUCUACUCAAUUUGGGCUGCGUCUUCGUCGGACACGGAUUGGCAUCGGAUUUCCGUAAAGUCAACAUCCAUGUCCCGAAGAGUCAGACGGUUGACACGCAAUUUCUGUUUCUGGCCCCGGGCAAGAACCGGCGAUUUUCACUACGGUACCUGGCCUGGGCCGUGUUUAAGGAAUACAUCCAGGAAGAAACAUAUGACGAGGCCCAGGCGGAUGGACAUGACAGCAUCGAGGACGCGCGCAUGGCGUUACGACUGUGGCGGAAGUAUCAGGAAUACGACGACGCAGGGAUUGUGGAACAGAUGAUAGAAGACAUCUAUCGUAAAGGUGUCAAGUACGGCUGGAAGCCUCCGUCCCGAAGUAUCGGAGGCACACAGUUACCCGAUGGUGUUGGCACGGGAGCAGCUAACAGCGCCGUCCCGAGUGGAAGAAACACCCCAGAUCUGAUGUCGACGACUCCUUUGCCCAUCUCACCACCGGCGCCUAGGGGCGGUGGGAGUAUUGGAGGUGCGUUCAAAUUGAAUGCGGCGGGCGCGGGGACUUUUGUACCUGGCAAUGGAAUUAUCAAGGAGAGUCCUCUGCGUUGA